UUUACUUUUAAAAUAAGUUUUGCUUAUGAUAGAGAUGUUCAAUGUAGCUUAUUAUUAUUGAGAAAUAAAGUUAUUUUUUUAAUGUAGGUUAGUGAAAGUGAGGAUAUUACAUUGUUACUAUUUGAACUAAAAUGUCUAGCUCAAGAAAAAUAUCACCAGCUCACUCUCAAGAUGUUAACUCAUCUCACACCCGCACGCCACGUCGUAGCCGAAGUGUGUGUUCUGCCAAAUCUAACACAUCAUUACGUCUGACUGCUCUUAUAUCAGACUCCUUCAAAUUGACACCCAUUGCAAACAGACAAUCUGUGCUAAAUGAUGACACAGAUAUUGAAAUCCCUGGCCGAAAAAGUUGGUGGAGAAAACUGGGUGAGAAUUCCAGAGAUGUAAUGGAUGUUUUAGAAAAUAGAGACAUUCCAGAGUUUAAUAAUGUAGAAGAUGAAUUUGAUGUUGAAAUUUUGAGCCAAGAAAAGAAGAAUUACUCUAUAGAUUUACCAGAGAGUAGUGAUGGGGAAUCUAUAAAUAGUAUUGUUAUUCCACAGAGAAAACUUUUUACACAAAAAGAAAAUCAAGCUCAAAAAAAAUUUAGGAAUAUCAUUGACAAUAGAGAAACAUUAGCAAAGCUCCAAAGAAGCCACAUUGAUGAAGACAAAGAAAUUAAAAUUGCUAAAAAGAAUCUAUUUAAUCAGGCUCCUAGACUAAGAACAAAGCCUGCCUUUCCUGCUGCCUUACUGAAUAUAUCAUCAAAAACAGUUAAUAAAACUAAAGAAAUGCCAACAGCAGAGGUAAAAGGGCAAGUUCGAAACCUUUUUGGCAAUCGACCUGGUGUCAAACGAAAGAAUAUGUUCGCUGACUUCAUUGUAUCCGAAAGCGAAGAUGAAAUUCCUGACAUACAACCAAAAGUGUUUGGAUUUCAAAAGAGCAUGGGACAAAAUCGCCGUGAAAGUUCUGCCUCGCAUGGGAUAGCUCAUUCUUUAACAACAAGUAUUGAUCUUGAAAUGGAUGACUGGAAUCUGCUUCCAUCCUCGACUAUGGUAGAAAAUCAGCUCGAAGAAGCUGGUACAACACCAGUAAAGCGAGCAAAAUUAAGCAAAUUGUCUGAGGCAAAGGAGUCAGAAACUACAAAUACCAAUAGUACAGCAAAUAAACAGUCAAACAAGUCAAUAAAUUCAAAGAAUACUUCAAAAUCUAAAUUGAAAGAAGGUAAUAAAAAUUUGAAUUUAACGUCGGAAAUGAAUAAUGAAUAUAAAGAAGAGAAUAAUCAAUCCAUCAAUAAUUCAAAUAACUACAGACUCACAAGGAAUAGAAGCAAAUCAAUAAGAGAAAGCUCUUCCAAUGAAAAGGACCAUUCAAAAGUUACGAAUAAAUCAAAAAAAUCACUAAAAUCUAUCAAAAGUAUUUCAGAUAAACGCUUAGUUCAAGAAGAUCAUAAGAGUCAGCAUGAUAUUGAAAAUAAAAUGGAAACAAAUUUAAUAGACAAUGAAAUACAAAAUCUAUCAACCGAACAUGUUCUUGAUGCAGAUGAGGAAGAUUUUACGUUAGAGUAUGAAAAUGAUGAUGAACAAGUAAACUCAACCAAUAUGAACAAAUUAGAUAACAUUAAUGAAAAAGAAACUUACAAUCAAUUAAUUGAGGGGGAUAAUUGUGGUAAAAAUACAAAUGCUCUAGAACAUGAGAUAGAAAAAACAGUAUUAAGUAAAACUGGUGAUAAGAAAGAAAAAAAUGAAAAAAGCAAGACACAAAAUGAUAGAGAUGAACAAGACGAUGUCAACAAUCUUAUUGAAGAACAAGUGCAGCCCAAUAAGCAACAAAAUCAAAGUUUAAUGAAUAAUUCGGGCAAAAAUGAAAAUGAGAGAAGAAAUUAUAAUACAAAUCAAUCUCAAGAUAUAGUAAAACUUAAAAAACAUACAUUAACUGAUGUCCAAAAUAAUUCUCGUGAAUGUGAAACCAUUAAUAUAAAUGGUGAUAAUCUUCAAAAAGCUAAAAGUUAUUCUAACAAAAUUGUAGAUAUAGCUAGUAGUACAGAAAUUGAAAUAAAAGGUGAAGGACAAAACAAAAUUAAACAUAUCUGUGAUAUGAACAAAACAAAUAAAAUUAACUUUGAUAGUAAUGAACAAAAUGAAAAAGAGGUAGAGUCUAAUCAAACUCUUUUCGAUGAGCAAAAUAAUAGUGAUCAAUCUGAACCUGAGGAAUCCAGAGGGGCCGAGGAAGAGGUAUAUCAAUCUCUUAACGAUGAGCCCAAUGAAAGCAAUGGAUCUAACCAUGAAGAAUCCAUAGCAGCAGAAGAAGAGAAAGAGAUUAAUGAAAGUCUUAACAAUGAGCAAAAUUAUAGCGAUGAAGUUGAAGAUGAAGAGGUAGAGACUAAUCAAACUCUCAAUGAUGAGCAAAGUGAUAACGAUGAAGCUGAAGAAGCUGAUGAAGAGGUAGAGACUAAUCAAACUCUCAAUGAUGAGCAAAGUGAUAACGAUGAAGCUGAAGAAGCUGAUGAAGAGGUAGAGACUAAUCAAACUCUCAAUGAUGAGCAAAGUGAUAAUGAUGAAGCUGAAGAUGAAGUUGGUGAAAGUGAUAGCGAAGUUAAUCAAAAUGAAACUGAAGAAAUUGAAGAAAUGGAAAUUCAUGAAGAAGAAAAUGAAAGCGAAACAGAUGAUCAAAACGUAACUGAAAACCAAGAAGUAAGUGACGAAGAAGAUGACGAUCAACAAAAUAAAAGUAAUAUAUCUCAGAGUGAAAACAUACAAGAGGAAGAGUUAAUGGAGUCAGAACAAGAACAAAGUGACGUUGAUGAUAACGAAGUAGCUGAAGAUGAAAUUAUUCCUGAUGAAUCAGAUGAUCACGACACAAGAGGACGGCAUACAAAAAAAAACGAGACGAUUGUCAAAUCACCCGAAGCAAUCUUACACGACAAAAUAAGUGAAAUGGAAUCUUUCACAGCCAAAGGUCACAAUACAAGUAUUAGAAAAACAAAAAGUAUAAUCAAAAAUAUAAACAUAAGGCCGAGUCUAGCUCCAGUUAGGGAGAGUACGGGUUUAACUGAAGAUACCAAAGAUUCAAGUGCGGAAGGCUCGGGUUGGGAUUCACAUAGAACCACGCGCAAAACAAUUCGACUGACUAUGGGAAAAGAUUUUACGCUCAGAAAAUCAUUACGAGCUUUAGUUAUGGAAAAAUCAGCUAAACGGAACACUGAAUUCAAUGAUGUUUUAGCAGACAACACGAAAAUACCUCAAGCCAAUUCGACAGAACUGCCUGAGUUUGAUUCCUAUCAGGAGACAGAGCCCAUGCACGUUGAUGAGACACUCGAGGAACCUUCAGACCACGAAGUAUCAGCGCAGACGAGACGGACCACCUUAGAAUUGUAUUUACAAAAAAUAAAACAAGAAAACAUGGAAAAAAAACGUAAAAUGGAAGAAGAAGUCAGAGCUUCUAUUAAAGCUCCACCAAGAAACACAUUCUAUUCGUUCAAAAUGCCUCUGAUACCAGUUAAACGGAUUAAAGUAGCCCAUAAUAAGCCAAAACCAAAACAAACAAAAUCCUCACUGAUUCCAUUAAACAUGUUACCACCAGAAGUAUUAGAAGAUAUGAAAUAUAAACCACCAAAAAGAUUCCAACCAAGCAAUGCAUCAUGGAUAACAAAAAGAUUAUAUAAAUUUAUAGAAAAUAAAUUGGAACCAAAAUACGACUACAAAGCUCGUGUUCGCGCUGAGCGCUUUAUGGAAUUGUUGUACGCGUUUACACGCGAGGCGCGACAAGUCAGAGGUCCGAGCGAGCAAGCCGUGGACACGCUGAAGAAAGAGAUGGCGCGCCUCGACAUUAUUAAAACGCACUUUGAAUUUUAUAACUUCUUCAAUGAUUUCAUGCCGAGAGAAAUACGUAUAAAGGUUGUUCCCGAUUUGGUUAACAAAAUAUCCUUACCGAAGAAUGGAAUCUUCUCUGACAUAAUGCAAUAGAUAUUUGUUACUUUAACUAUAUUAUUUACUUUAAUAUUUAAAAACACCAGGCUAAGUUUUAAUUUAAACCUUAAAAUGUGAGAAAAAAAAUUAGCAUAUCCAAAACAAUAUAUUUAUUAUUUAUAGAAAUAAUGAAUAUACUUAAAUAAAACAAUUAAUUAAUUAAUUUAAUGUGUAAUUGUAAAAUAUUGUUAUAAAAUGUACCUGGAAAGGUUUUAGUGAAGUAAAAUUCAAUGAUUAUCUAGGACUUGUUUAUUCGAAAAUAGGAUACGAAUGUACACCCUAUACAAUACAACGGAGCACCAUACACAUACAUACAUCGUAAUUACAUAGGUACAUAUUGUGGGAUUAUUACAAGAUUUAUACAUCCUUUAUCAUAUGGCUUCCUUGUCAGAUUAUUAAAAAAAUCAAUAUAUCAUAAUUAUUUUAAUGUGACAAUAACAAAUUUUAAUAAUAAUAAUAAUUACUAAAAUGUCACAAUCAAAUUAAACAUUAAAACACUUCAUUUCUCAUUCAAACUUACUGUCUAGAAGCGCCAUGUUAGACCUCACGAAAAUUAAAGCAUAAA